AAAUAAAAUCCAUGGCUCCACAUGGAAUUGGGUCUUUUUUCUCCUCUUCUUCUGUAGAAUUUAGGGUUCGCAAUCUUAUUCUCAGAUGCACCCAACUGAACUAACUGACAUCCCUUGUUAGGGUUUCCUUUUUGCCCGGCUACUUUUCUCACCUUUUUUCUCAAUUCAAUCACCGCCCAGUUUCCCAAAUUUACGUAUUCAAUUCAAUCAGCUUCCUGAAAGAUGCUGAUGUUUUCGUUGUUAUAAUUGUAAUUUUCUCUGAUUUUCUUUCUCCCUCCAUGAUCCAAACGAGCUUGAAAUCUCAGAUUCUUCAAAUAAGCUUGUGGGUCUCUUGUUUGAUGCGUUGGAGACUUUAAUUGUUUCAAAACUCGACUUGGGUUCCGUUUGAGGUCCCGAAAAACUAAAUCUUUGUUCUAAAGGUUUUCUCUUUCGUUUCCUGCAGUUUUCUGGGCUCUGCUUCCUCUUGCUUUUGUUCCAAAUAAUAAAGUUAAACAGCAAAGUCUUUGGAACCUCCUUCUGGGUUUUAGAAAUAAUAAGUUUUAUUUUAGUUUUUGGCGUUUUUCUUCACUAUUUCAUUAUCCGAGCAUCAAUAAGAUCCAAAUGGGUGUCUCUUUCAAGGUCUCAAAAACCGGUACUAGAUUCCGGCCAAAACCUUCUCUUCAAUCAGAGGCUUCAGUUGAUGAUUCUACUGAAAAUUCCAGGGAGAGUUUGCCAGUUCGAAAGCUCCAGGGUGACAUCAUUGAGGGCAGAGACUGUGUGGCUGUGGUGUCUCAACAAGAAGGGUUUGCUAUUCCUGCAGACCAUGAAAUUUCCUUCACGUUAAACCUCUACCCUGAAGGAUAUUCUAUUGGAAAACCGUCAGAGAAUGAGACUUCAUAUCAGGCUAACAUUCAAGAUAGUGUAAAGUUACAUCCAUAUGAUAAGUCAUCUGAAACUCUCUUCUCGGCCAUUGAAUCUGGCCGGUUGCCUGGAGACAUUCUGGAUGAUAUUCCUUGCAAAUAUAUUAAUGGGAUGCUUGUAUGUGAGGUGCGAGAUUAUCGGAAAACUUUGCUUGAACAAGGAUCUACUGUCUUGUCUGUGGAUGUGCCCCCUAUUGUCAACAAAGUUCGCCUUAGGAUGUCCUUGGAGAAUGUUGUGAAAGAUAUCCCAUCUAUCUCAGAUAAUUCUUGGACUUAUGGUGAUUUAAUGGAAGUGGAGUCACAGAUAUUGAAAGCCUUGCAACCACAGCUUUGUUUAGAUCCUACACCUAAAUUGGACAGGCUUUGUACUAAUCCUGUUCCCAAUAAGCUUAAUCUUGCUUUGUAUAGCCUGCGGAGAAAGAGAUCGAGGGAGGUUCCUGAAGUUACUGUCGCAUCUAACUAUAAGAUCCACGGAAAGAAGGUUUGCAUUGAUAGAGUGACAGAAUCCUCUAAUGGCAGGUUAGGAGAGGCUGGAAUUACAUCAGGGAGUUUGAUGCCACAUGUCCAGGAGAAUCUGAAUGCUCAAAAUCUUUGUCCUACCAACAUGGUAAGACCUAAAAGUUUUGUGCAAGAUCCCUCUUUUCAAAUGGGGAUUGUAAGCACAAGAAGCAUGCAGAAUCAAGGGUCUGGCUCUUUUGUUAAUGCAUCAGGAGUUUCCCCUACUGGGCAAGAUAUGGCAAUGCCAUAUGCUGACAGUGUGAAUUCUGGUGCUUCUCUUCCUAGAAAGAGGGAGAAUGCAGAUGGUCAAAUAUCACCGCUAUCAAACUUUAAUAAAAGAUCAAGGCUUACAUCCAUGGGUCCAGAUGGAAUUCAGCAACAACAAAUUGGGCCACAUGUGGAUGCCCUGCCUGGGGCAGAAAUGAACUGGAAGAAUGGUUUGUUGCUCCCACAACAAAUGGUAAGAGGUCAGUAUCCAAAUACUGGCAUCCAAAAGUAUCCUCAGCAGGUUUUUGAAGGGGUACUGAAUCAGGAAGUUGGUGCCAUGACAUUUGCUGCAGGACAGAAAAGCAUGAGAUUUGGUCCUAAGGAAGAGCAAUUUGAUGCAGACAAAUUGGAUGGAAAUGGAACUGAUCUAAGUCAGACUAAAAACAAUAUGCAAGCAGUGGAAACAGAUACAAACCAUUUGGACACGCAGCAAUCACGGCUACAACCACGAUUGUCACAGCAUGCAUUCAUGAGAUCUGGUUUCUCUCAACCACCCUGGAAUAAUUUAAGUCAGCAUCUUGAGAAGGAUGCAAGAAAGGAGGACCAGUUAAAAAGGAAACCAGUGCAAAGUCCCCGUUUGUCUGGUGGAGCAUUGCCUCAGUCUCCAUUAUCAUCAAAAUCUGGGGAAUUUUCAAGUGGCUCAGUGGGACCUCAUUUUGGAGCUGUUGGAACAACUGCUGCACUUGGAGCAUCUCAAAAGGAUAAGGCAGCAGUCAACUCAGUUCCUGCUGUUGGUGGGACCCUAUCUUUGACUUCAAGUGCCAACGAUUCCCUGCAGUGGCAACACCACACACAAGCUGCUGCAAAGCGGAGAUCAAAUUCCAUCCCAAAGACCCCAGCAAUGAGUGGAGUUGGAUCUCCUUCCAGUGGUAGUAACAUGAGUCUUCCAUUAAAUGCAAGCAGCCCCUCAGUUGGAACCUCACCUAUGGCUGAUCCAGCAAUGCUUGAAAGGUUCUCAAAGAUUGAUGCUGUGACUAUGAAAUAUCAACUUAAUUGCAAAAAGAAUAAGAUUGAUGACUAUCCCAUCCGAAAAGCCAGCAAAUAUUCUGUUCAGCAACUACCGACUCUCCUCUGUGGUAUAUCCAAUAAUGAGGACUUCAAAGAUGAUGUCUGGCCACUUUCAAAGUCUCUUGUUAGUGGCAGCAUGAAUAACUGCAAGACAAGAAUCAUAAAUUUUCUGCAGCAAGAUCGUACACCUCAAGGUAAUGUUGUUUCUGUAGUUACUAGGUUACACUCAAGAAUGGUGAUGUCAAUGAAGCCAACUGAUGGAACUGUAGCCAUGCAUUAUGGAGACUUGGAUGAAGGAGAGAUUCUUGCUGCAGAGGACUUUCUGCCCACACUGCCAAAUACUCACAAUGCAGAUUUACUUGCUCGACAGUUCUGUAAAUUGAUGGAACAUGCUGGGCUUCUUGUGGAAGACAAUAUCCAGCUUAAACAAACCCAUAUGCACAUUGCCUCAACCAGUCAAAAUGCUGCCGCACUCUUUCCUAAUAAUUCAGCAGCUGAGAUGCAGCAGUACACAGAAGCUGGUUUGAGUCAGGCAUCAAAUGAAGUGGCAAAGCCUGCUAGUAGUGGUAAUGCUUCUCUAGGCUCAUCCCAGAGUGUACUUGGAAACACAAGGACGCUGCCUCCUGGAAAUUCUCAGGCCUUACAUAUGUCUCAAGGGCAUUUAUCUGGGGUUUCAAUGCCUUCUAGGCCACCACAACUAGAACAACAGCCAUCAAUUCAACCACAGACCCUGCAGCAACCGCAGCAGCAACCGCUGCAACCACAGCAGCCACAAAACCAACACUCCUUGAUUCAACAGCAGCAUCCACAAUUCCAGAGAUCACCAAUGAUGCUUACAACAAAUUCUCUCUCACAUCUGAAUGCCAUUGGGCAGAAUGCAAACAUGCAGUUGGGUAAUCAGAUUGUCAACAAGCCUCCUCUUCAACUUCAGAUUUUACAGCAGCAACAGCAGUCACAGCAGCCAAUGCAGAGGAAAUUGAUGAUGGGUGUUGGGACUGCUGUAAGUAUGGGAAACAUAGGCAAUAGUGCAGUCAGGUUUGGAGGCCUUGGCAAUGCUAUGGGAUUCGGAGGUGCAAGGGGAAUAGGAGGAACAGGAGGAACAGGAAUCUCAGCACCGAUGACUCCUAUUUCUGGUAUGGGUAGCCCGAUGACUUCAAAUAUUAAUGCAAUAAGCCAACAUUUACGAGGAUCAAUUAACCCAGCCCAGGCCCAAGCUGCCUUGAUGGCAAAACUUGGUAGGCAUACCAAUCGAAGCAUGUUAGGGGUUCCUCAGGCAGGCAUAAAUGUUAUGUCAGGUGCCAGACCGGGUUCUCCUGGUCUUUCAAUGCUGGGGCAGAAUUUGAACCCGUCUAACAUGAAUCCAAUGCAACGGACAGCAAUGGGGCCUAUGGCUCCACAAAAGAUGAUGGCAGGGGUGAAUCUUUUUGGGAAUCAACAGCAACAGCAACAGCAGCAGCAGCAGCAGCAGCAGCAGCAACAGCAACAGCAACAUUUGCAAAUGCAGCAGCAACAAUUACAACAUCAGCAACAACACCAACAAUUACAGCAGCUACAGCAAUACCAAUCACAGCCACAGCAGCAGCAACAGCAAUUACAACAGCAGCAACUGCUGCAGCAGCAACCGGAAACAACCUCAUCACUACAGGCUGCUGUACCACCUUCACAAGUAGGCUCACCAUCAACAGUAGGACUUCCACAACUGAACCAACAAUCCCAGCAACAGCAACCACAGCAGCAACCAAGUCCACAGCAAAUUAAUCAAAGAACUCCUAUGAGCCAGCAACAGAUGAGCUCAAAUGCGAUCCAUGCACUGAGUGCUGGUAAUCCAGAAGCUUGUCCAGCUAGCCCUCAGUUGAGCUCCCAGACCCUCGGCUCUGUUGGUAGUAUUACUAAUUCUCCCAUGGAGCUAGCUGUGAACAAGAGCAACUCUGUUAGCAAUGCUUAGUUACCUUUGUCUCUUAUCUCUGUUGGUCUAGCUGCGCCUCUUCCUCUUAAAUUGUUGCAGUCGGAGUAGUUAGCUUAGUUCACAGCAUUAAAAUCAAGAGGCGGUCACCAUUCUCAAGUCAUUGUUGUUACUGUCGUUUCUGGCUAAAUAAAAGUAACAUCAUUCCUGUGUGAUGUAUAAGCAACGGGGGAAUGCAUUUCAAUUUGUCGUUGUGGAUUUUUUUGUUGUUCUUAAAUAACAUCUUUGCUGAGAUGCGUAUGUAAUUUGAGUUGCUUAUUACAUGCACUCCUCGAGCAUUAAGAUACAGAAUGUAUGAUCCAAAGGUGUUGUUUAAUAUGGGUUUACUUAUCCAGUUUGUAUGUAAGAAUGGAAUAUGAAUAUAAAUUAAGAGAAUAC